AUGUCGUGGUUGUUGUUUAUGGUGAAAAGGAGAAACUCAGAAGAAAGCUCUACUCUGUGGACUACUGGCAUUGCAGAGCUUGAACUGCCCAUUGAGUAUGCCCUUUUUCUUAUAGAUACGUGUUUGGAAUUUUUUUUAUUUUUAUGGACCACCUUGUAUUGUUGUCUUCGUGGUUGUAGGUACAAACUGAGAAAUAUUGAGGAAACAGAGGCUGCCAAGAAGCUUUUACAGGAGAAACGGCUAAUGGGUCAGGCAAAAUCAGAGUUUAGCAUCCCAUCAAGUUACAGUGCAGAUUAUUUCCAACGUGGCAGGGAUUAUGCUGAGAAACUUCGAAGGGAACAUCCUGAGAUAUACAAGGACAGAAGUUCACAAGAUGAUGGGGCUGGGGCAAAGCCAGCUGAAAAUAAUGUUGAUGCAACCCGUAGAGAAGCUGCAACAGAUGAGUUCAUGCUAGAGCGUUUCCGAAAGCGAGAAAGUCAUCGGGUCAUGCGGAGAUGACCUGCAUUGUGUCAAGCAUGAUUUUCAUGGUAGUUUAUCAAGCUUUGUGGUGCGCUAGAGUGUAUUAGUUUGUAAAAACAAGUACUGUAGCCAUAGCGACCAUUCUUGUGAUUCAAUUUACCUGCAAUUUUUAA